AUGUUCCCGCUAACUGGAAAAACAAUCAUCUUUGACAGCUUCCCUGAUCCCUCCGAUACGUGGGAGAUUAUUGAAACCAUUGGCAAAGGGACAUAUGGCAAAGUCUUCAAAGUAUUAAACAAGAAAAAUGACAGCAAAGCUGCAGUUAAGAUUCUGGACCCAAUCCAUGACAUUGAUGAAGAAAUCGAGGUUGAGUAUAAUAUCCUGCAAGCACUCUCGGAUCAUGAAAAUGUUGUCAAGUUCUAUGGAAUGUACUAUAAGAAGGAUGUAAGAAAUAAACAUCAGCUUUGGCUUGUACUGGAGCUGUGCAAUGGAGGUUCUGUGACUGAUCUUGCCAAAGGCUUAUUAAAGCGGGGAGAGAGAAUGAGUGAACCGAUCAUUGCCUACAUUCUGCAUGAAGCUCUAAUGGGUCUGAAACACUUACACAAAAACAGGACAAUUCAUCGUGACAUCAAGGGCAAUAACAUCCUACUAACAACAGAGGGAGGCAUCAAGCUCGUGGAUUUUGGUGUUUCAGCUCAAUUAACUAGCACUCGCCUUCGCCGUAACACAUCUGUUGGAACCCCUUUCUGGAUGGCCCCAGAGGUAAUAGCUUGUGAACAGCAGUUGGAUUCCAGUUAUGACGUACGAUGUGAUGUCUGGUCCCUGGGUAUCACAGCCAUUGAGCUUGGGGAUGGUAACCCACCACUAACAGAUCUCCAUCCAAUGAGGGCUCUGUUCAAAAUUCCAAGGUAA